UGUGAUCGUUCAUAUAAACUAUUUACAUUCCUGGUCAUUUUUCCCAGUGUUUCGCAUCAGCUCCCUGAACUUUUUCAAUCUUAUAACCGUGAACUUGGAGGCAUUUUGUCGGUAAUUACGAGUCCAUAUCCUCUGGCACCACUGAACGCUUCUCCUACCCGAGACCAUUUGUUCGACCAGAAAACCUACGUCUCUUUUGCUUUCUUUCACGAUCUUGAAUUCAAUAACAACAAUGGCGAAAUCGAGCGCUGACGACGCGGAGCUCAGGCGAGCCUGUGAAGCCGCUCUGGAGAGCAUUGGUACGAAACAUAAGGUCGCCAUGUCAAUCCGCGUUGCAAAGAGCCGUGGGGCGAAGGGUAAAGGUGGAAAAUUAAAAAGCAUGGCCAAACCAAGGGUUCUUGCUGUCACGACAAAAUUAAAGGGUCAAAGGACAAAAGCUCUUCUUCGUGUCUUCAAAUACUCCAACGGAGGAGUUCUUGAGCCUGCGAAAGUGUACAAGCUAAAGCAUCUUUCAAAGGUGGAGGUUAUUUCAAAUGAUCCCAGUGGAUGUACAUUUACAUUGGGAUUUGAUAACCGAAGCUCUUCACCACCCCAAUGGACAAUGCGCAACAUUGAUGACAGGAACCGCCUUCUGUUUUUCAUCUUAAACAUGUGUAAAGAGAUAUUGGGCCGCCUUCCCAAAGUUGUUGGCAUUGAUAUCGUUGAGAUGGCUCUUUGGGCUAAGGAAAAUACAUCUUCUGUCACUACUCAGGCAUAUCCUCAAGAUGGGCCUGUUGCAUCCCUUGUAACAGAAGACUUGAAAGUAACUGUUGAACGAGAACUUGUAUCACAAGCUGAAGAAGAAGACAUAGAGGCCCUUCUUGGCACAUAUGUCAUGGGUAUUGGGGAAGCAGAGGCUUUUUCUGAAAGGUUAAAGAGAGAGUUACUUGCUUUGGAAGCAGCAAAUGUACAUGCCAUUUUGGAAAGUGAACCUUUGGUAGAUAAGGUAUUGCAGGGGCUAGAAUCAGCAACAAUUUGUGUGGAUGAUAUUGGUGAGUGGCUAGGAAUUUUUAAUGUAAAGCUCAGACACAUGAGAGAGGACAUUGAAUCAAUAGAACAUCGUAAUAACAAGUUGGGAAUGCAGUCUGUAAAUAACAAGGCGCUCAUUGAGGAGCUUGAUAAGCUUCUUGAAAGGAUGUGUAUUCCUUCUGAGUACGCAUCUUGUCUAUCAGGAGGUUCUUUUGAUGAGUCACACAUGCAUCAGAAUAUUGAAGCAUGUGAAUGGUUAACUGGUGCUUUGCGUGGUCUGGAAAUUCCACAGUUGGAUCCUUGCUUUGCAAAUAUGCGUGCUGUUAAAGAGAAGCAUGCAGAGCUUGAAAUAUUAAAAGCUACAUUUGUUCAUAGAGCAUCUGAUUUUUUGAAAAACUACUUUGCUGGCUUGGUGGAUUUUAUGAUAAAUGAUAAGAGCUAUUUUUCUCAGCGGGGACAACUGAAGAGGCCUGAUCAUGCAGACCUGCGGUACAAAUGCAGGACGUAUGCACGCCUUAUACAACAGUUGAAGAGUCUUGAUAAGAGUUUGGGUCCAUUGCGGAAAGCUUAUUGUGGCUCCCUUAACUUGCUUCUCCGUCGAGAGGCUCGUGAAUUUGCCAAUGAGAUUCGUGCUGGUACAAAGGCAUCAAGAAAUCCUACUGUCUGGCUUGAUGCUUCCUCUGGUCCUGUGAGCAAUGUAGACACUUCCAAUGUUUCUGAUGCAUAUGCAAAGAUGCUUACAGUUUUUGUUCCACUCCUUGUUGAUGAGAGUUCAUUUCUUGCACACUUCAUGUGCUUUGAAGUUCCUACCCUUGUUCCAUUUGGAGGUGCUGCCAAUGGGGAUAAAAAUGGAUUGAGUGAUGAUGAUGCAAACGAGGAUGAUCUAGGCAUUAUGGACAUUGAUGAAAAUGACAACAAAGCUGGUAAUGGUUCUGUGGACCUGGGACCAUUAAACGAAUCCCUUCAAGACUUACUUGAUGGGAUCCAAGAGGAUUUCUAUUCUGUGGUAGAUUGGGCAUACAAGAUUGAUCCUUUGCGCUGCAUAUCAAUGCAUGGGAUUACAGAGCGCUAUCUUUCUGGUCAUAAAGCUGAUGCAGCAGGAUUUGUGCGCCUUUUACUAGAUGAUCUCGAGUCAAGAAUUUCAGCGCUUUUCAACCGGUUUGUUGAUGAAGCUUGUCACCAGAUUGAGAGACACGAACGCAAUGUCCGGCAGAUGGGUGUGCUUCCUUAUAUCCCUAGAUUUGCAACCCUUGCAACACGUAUGGAGCAGUACAUCCAGGGACAAUCAAGGGACUUGGUUGAUCAAGCAUACACAAAACUUGUCAGCAUAAUGUUUGUGACUCUGGAGAAAAUUGCGCAAGCUGAUUUAAAGUACGCAGACGUUGUGCUUUUAGAGAACUAUGCAGCCUUCCAGAACAGCCUCUAUGACCUAGCUAAUGUUGUGCCCACGCUUGCAAAGUUCUAUCACCAGGCAAGUGAAUCUUAUGAACAAGCCUGCACACGCCAUAUCAACAUGAUUAUAUAUAUACAAUUUGAGAGACUCUUCCAAUUUGCUCGAAGAGUUGAGGAUUUCAUGUUCACACUGGCACCAGAGGAGAUCCCUUUCCAAAUUGGACUUUCUAAAGCGGACCUUCGGAAAAUUUUGAAAUCCAGCUUAUCUGGGGUUGAGAAGUCUUUUGCCCAAAUGUGUAGAAAGUUGCAAAAGAAUUUAACCUCAGAGGAAUUGCUGCCAUCCUUAUGGGAUAAAUGUAAGAAGGAGUUUCUGGACAAGUAUGAUAGCUUUGUACAGCUGGUUGCCAAGAUUUAUCCCAAUGAGAAUGUUCCUCCUGUAGCAGAAAUGAGAGAGAUUCUUGCUUCCGUUUAGGAGUGACUUUUUUAUGUACAGUCUUCAAAUAAUCUGUGCCUGCUUGUGAUUCAAUUUUGGUCUUAAGGUAGGUGGAGCAAUUCCUUGCGUCUUUUCUAGCUUUCUAGUGGGUAACCACUAGGUUUCUUAUUGGGAUUAUUUCUAAGUGUUGUUCCUUUAUUGGCUAGAGUUUUUUUUUUUUUUUUGGGGGGGGCAUAAUAGGCUUUAGAGAUACUGAUAUUGGGCACGUUUCCUUUAAAUGCUGAAAGUGAAAGGUAGGGACUUUCUGGCCAAAAGUAUGUUUUUGAACUCUUUGGCCCAAAAAUAAUCAUUUUUCUAUUUUUUUAAC